UCCCAUACGCGUCGGUGCCACUCUGAUCAAUUUGGCCACAAGCCCAAGUCAUCUCCAGACGAUGACUAGUACUCAGAGUCAUUGUCCACUGUGCAGUACGUAAAUGCCUUGUUAAGUACUGCCUCGGAACUUCCAGGGGGUAGCGGUACCGAAAUCGUAACUGUGGUUCAGACUUCAAAAGUAUGUAGCCGACUCGAGUCCCUCUAUUUCUUUGCACACACACUACGCAAGUUUUGCUACAACCCUCCCAUGAGCACUUCCACUUUGUCUCUUUUGGAGAUAAUAACAACAGAUAAACCUAGCAGCGAAGCCGGCCAACAAUCAGCACAUUCUUCAUCAGGCUUGCUGCAAGAUCUUACCAAGGAACUCCAGAAUAGAUCGACGUUUCCUAUAACUUGCGGAGGGUAUGGGGACAUCUAUAGGUGUUAUAUAGUGAAGCCAGAUGGGACCAUCCCGGUAGCAGUAAAGACCAUUCGUGCUUUUCAGUCUGAUAACGAGACCUUGAUGCGGAAGAAUGGAAAGAGAAUUCGUCGCGAGCUGAAAGUUUGGGGCCGUCUCAAACACAACAGUAUUCUUCCACUCUGGGGAGUGGCAACCGACUUUGGACCCUAUCUCGCAAUGGUUUGUCCAUGGGUUGAUAAUGGAACUCUGACGGACUUUCUUGAGCGCCAAGAAGACACAUUGACAUUUGAAGAUAAGUUCGCCCUUUUGACUGAUAUCGCCCUUGGGUUGCAAUAUCUCCAUAGCAAAUCGAUUGUCCAUGGUGAUCUGACAGGGUCAAAUGUCUUGAUUUAUGGCAAUGGUCGGGCAUGCAUCACUGAUUUCGGUCUCUCGACUAUGAUCGAGGAGUUUGUUGGUACUUCCUAUCUCACGAGCUCCAUCAGAGGAAAUAUCCGAUGGGCAGCUGCAGAGCUAUAUGACGUACCCGAGGGUGAUGAAGAAGAUGAUACGUCGGUGUCGCUCAGCGUUGAAUGCGACAUCUACUCAUUUGGCAGCAUCAUCUUGCAGGUUUUGACUUGCAAGGUACCCUACUAUGAUGUGAAGAAGGAUAAUGUGGUGUUGGGACACGUCGUCAGAGGAAAGAAACCAGAGCCUCCCAAGGGCUCGCAAGUUGCAUCCGUGCACUGGGAGUUCAUACAGCGGUGUUGGUCGCCUCGUGCCAGUCGACCAUUGAUUGGAGAAAUUGUGCUAUUUGCACAUCAGCAAUACUGCGAGCUCCAUCCAACCGACGCAGUUGACGAUGGGAAUUUGUCCGGGAAACCGUCUGGGAUUUGGCCUGGGAGCUGGUCUGGGAACUGGUCUGGGCACUGGUCUGAGAGUGAUAGUGAUGAAGGUGACGAGUCAGAUGAUGACAGCUCCUCUGGAACCGACCAGGAUUCCGAAGGAGAGGGCCUGGACGAAGACGAAGACGAUGGAGAGGACGACGAAGGAGUGGAGAGCAACGAAGGGCAACGUGGCAGUGAGGGCAACGAGCACGACGAGAGGGAUGAUGAGGAUGACGAGGGCAACGAAGAGGUUGACUGUGAUAACCGUGAUGAGGUCAUUGGCCUGGAUGGAAGAGACGGGUCCGAUGACGACAGCAACUCCUCCGGAAUCGACCAGGAGGUUGAAAGAAAGGACUUCGAUGAAGAUGGUGAGGAGGAUGAGAAUGAGUGUGAUGAGGACGAUGAUGAGGAUGAGGACGGUGACGACGAUGGUGUCGAUGAUGAAAGCAGCGAGGGUGAUGAGGACAUCGAGGGCGAUAGCGAUGAUGAGGGCGAUGUCGACUAUGAGAGCUAUGAUAACGAUGGGGACAGUGGGGACAGCGACUCGGACGGGUCCUGGUAGACUGGUACAUUACUGGGACUCAGUCGUUCAUGAUUGACUGGAGAAUCGUCACUAGUAGCCUAAUCACAUGCGAUGCUCAGGUCGCAGGACCUAAACCGAUUAGCACGACAACAGCAUUAGCUGGACUUGCAAAGGCAAAUUUACAUAAAAGGCGCG